AAUUACAGAGAAGAUUGUUAUGUAACUGUCACUGUCAAAAUCUUAAAUAAGCCUCCUAGAUAUUGGGGUUCAUUUAUUUUUUUAAAAUGUGGUUCGAAGUUUUACCAGGUUUUGGAAUUAUUGUGGCGGCUAUGGCUCUUCCACAUGUUUCUGCGUAUGUUAUCAACAAUUUAGUUGUAGGCAAUCAAUACCGACGUAGUAUGUACACUAUUGAACAAAGGUUACAAUAUUUGAGGGACAGGAGACUUACUGGACAUCCCUAUAAAGUUCAAGGAUUGGAAGCAAUACCAGAUGCAUAAAUAAACAUUAGUUUAAAGUUUAGCAAGG